AUGCAGCCCAUCUCCAGCCCUGGUCAGAGGGUGGGGAAAGGAGGGGAUGCAGGCAGUGAAGCCAUCCAGAGAGAUGCACGGUGUGCCACGCUGUGUGAUGCAGUGUCCUACAGGCUGAGGAUUGAGGGGAGGCUGUACACCAUCCACCUGCAGCAGCAUGCCUUUUUAUCUGAUGAUUUCCAGACUUACAUGUCCAGCAAGAAGGGAUCCUCGCACUCUGGUUCUGCCCCCAUUGAGGGAGGCUGUCACUACCGGGGCUACAUCGACGGCUUCCCCAGCUCAGCAGUGUCCCUCAGCACCUGCUCGGGGCUCAGGGGUUUGCUGCAGUUUGAGAACGUGAGCUACGGGAUCCAGCCCCUGGGCAAUGCCCCAGCGUUCCAGCACGUGCUGUACCGACCCCUCUCGGCUGCUGCACAAUCUCCCAAAUACCUCACAGUGUACGUGGUGUUGGACAAGGCUUUGUACAGCUACAUGGGAUCCAGCCCGAAUGCUGCGACACAGAAGAUAAUUCAGGCCUUCAAUUUAAUCAACAACAUGUUUAAUCCCCUUAAUGUCACCAUUGUGCUGUCCUCCCUGGAGCUGUGGGCAGAGGGGGAUAAAAUAUCGACAGCAGGGGACACAGAUGAUCUUCUACAGCGAUUUUUACAGUGGAAACAGUCGUCUCUGGAGCCACAGGCAUACAACAUUGCUUCUCUCUUAGGGUACAGGCACCAAGGAGCGUUCAUGGGCGCAGCGGCUCCAGGAGGGGCAUGCCAGAGGGAUGCUGCUGCCACAGUGGCCCUGUACCACGGGAAUGUCACCCUGGAGUCCUUCUCCGUCCUCCUGGCACAGGUGCUGGGCCACAGCCUGGGUAUGAGCUCGGACAGCCCCCGAGGCUGCAGCUGCCCCGGGCGGGUGUGCAUCAUGAGCCCCGAGGCGCUGCAUUUCCGUGGGGCAAAAGCCUUUAGCAACUGCAGCAUCAGGGCCUUCGAGACCUUCCUGAAGCGGGGCAGGGGUGCGUGCCUGUUCCAGAGCCCGCGCCUGGCGCGCCUGGCCCGGAACGGCGCCGUCUGCGGCAACGGCGUGGUGGAGCCGGGCGAGCAGUGCGACUGUGGCACGGCCAAGGAAUGCCUGCAGGACAAGUGCUGCACUAACAGGUGCAGACUGAAGCCAAAAGCAAAAUGUGCCUCUGGAUUAUGCUGUAAAAAUUGUCAGUUCAGGUGGAGGAACUCGCUGUGCCGCCCGGCCGCCGAUGCCACCUGCGACCUGCCCGAGUUCUGCAGCGGCUCCUCCGCCGCCUGCCCCCCGGACGUGUACCUGCAGGAUGGGCACGACUGCGGCCAGGGCACGGGCUACUGCUACCAGGGACGCUGCCAGUCCCCAGACCUGCUGUGCAAGAAGUUCUACGGGAGAGAUUCAAAGAAUGCUCCUGUGGCCUGUUACGAGGAGAUCAAUGCCCAGCGGGACAGGUUUGGGCACUGCGGGUUCAAGGAUAGACACCACUACCGGACCUGUGCUUGGAGGGAUCUCAGGUGUGGGAAGUUGAUCUGCACGUACCCAUCCAACAAGCUCUUCUCCUCAGCUGCUGCUGCUGUGAUUUACGCCCAAGUGCGGGAGCAUUUGUGUGUGUCUCUCGACUACCUGAACGUACCGGCAUGGCAGGACCCGCUCCUGGUUCCUCCAGGGACAAAGUGUGGCUCUGGAAGGGUGUGUAUAAACAGCACAUGUCACCCUCUGUCGGUGCUGGGAUCCACCUGUGACAGCAAAACAAACUGCCACGGCCGCGGCGUGUGCAACAACAAGGGCAGCUGCCACUGCCAGGCGGGCUGGCGGCCCCCUGACUGCCAGAGGAGGGGGUCACGCCAGAGGGGCAGAAUGGCCAGCGGCCUGCGGGGAGGUCUGCAGCGAGCGCUGGAGCACGGCGACACGGCCUGGCUGGUGCUGGGCUCCAGCCUGGUGCUGCUCGUCCUCACGGCGGCCCUGGGGCUCGGCCUGUGGCGGCAGCAGCUGCUGGGCCUGUGCGGCGCGGACGGGUGA